AUGUCUAAUUUAACUAAAAGAAAAAUGAAUAAGUUUGUUAUUGAAGAAGGUGAAAAUAACGAUGGUCUUCAUGUUGACAUCACGCCUGUAUUAAGUAGAAAGGCGUCUAGUAUUUUCAGUAUUGACACUACUCCAUUAGCACCUCCUAAUGAAAGUGAUAUUGCUAAAUUUACAAGUGACGAUUAUCAUUUUAGUAUGAUUAGAAAUUUACAUAUGGCAGAUUUUAUAACAAUGUUAAAUGGUUUUUCCGGAUUUUACUCCAUUGUAAGUUGUUUAAGAUUUACAUUAACUAGUAAACCACAUUAUAUGCAAAGAGCUUAUUUUUUUAUAUUUUUAGGUAUGUGUUUUGAUUUCCUUGAUGGUCGUGUUGCACGUUUAAGAAAUAGAUCAUCUUUGAUGGGUCAAGAACUUGACUCUUUAGCAGAUUUAAUAUCAUUUGGUGUGGCACCAGCUGCUACUGCUUUUGCUAUUGGUUUUCAAACUACAUUAGAUGUUUUUGUAUUAUCUUUUUUCGUGUUAUGUGGUAUUGCUAGAUUGGCUAGGUUUAAUGUCACAGUCAGCUAUUUGCCAAAGGAUAAAACAGGUAAAUCAAAGUAUUUUGAGGGGUUCCCGAUGCCAACCACAUUAUUACUUGUCUUUUUCAUGGCUAUCUUAGUUUCAAAAGACUAUGUUUUUGAUAAAAUUCCUUUGGGUAUUGUUAGAGAAGGUAAAUACUUUGAGUUUCAUCCAUUGAUUUUACUAUUUUUUGUUCAUGGAUGUGGUAUGAUAUCAAAAUCUUUAAAAAUCCCUAAAUUGUAA